UGCUUCACAUUUCAUCACAACUACAACAAGAACUUGCUUUAGUGAUUAAACUUUCUUUUACAACAAAUCUCUCAUCUCAAACAACAAAUUAACAAAAUGUCUGGCUGUGGAGCAAACUGUGGCUGUGGAUCUGGCUGCAAGUGCGGCAACGGUGGAGGAUGUGGGAUGUACCCCGACUUGGAGAAGUCCACUACCUUUACCAUCAUUGAAGGUGUUGCACCCGUGACCAACUACGGAAAGGUUGAGGAGAAAGUAGCAGGAGAAGGAGGAAAUGGAUGCAAAUGUGGAUCAAGCUGCAGCUGUGACCCCUGCAAUUGUUAAGAAUUUUAUUGUCUUGUGAAUUCGACAAUAAUAAGUGUGUGUGUUGUUGUAAAAGCUUUCUCUGUAAUAAUAAUGAUAAGACUAUAGCCAUAGAACGGGUCAUCAUCCGUUCUUAGGUUUGUGCCUUUCCUCAUUGUUUCUGUAUUUGAUAUAUUUUUAGAUUGUGAUUUGGGGUGUAACAGAAACAUAUCAUACAAUUAUAUACUGUAAGUUUGUUUAA